AUGGGCCACAGACACUGCAAAUACAGAGUUGAAUAUGUUCAAGAUCCAGCUACCGUAGCUGCAAUCCAAGCUCAAGAACAAGCAAAUGCACAGUUACGGGCAGAAUAUGAAAAGGUACAACAACUCCUGGAAGCACAAAAAUUAGAUUCAUUUGAAAAACUAAAAGCGUAUGAUCAGAGAGCUGCUGAUGCUUUAGUUCAACUAGCAACACAGACACAGGCAAUAUCUAUGGAAGGUAAGAACAUUGCACUGUUUGGUAUAACAUCAGCUGGAAAAUCAACAAUUGUUAACAAGAUAUUAAAUAAAGAGGUGGCUGCUGUAGGUGUAGGUGAAACAACAAAGGAAGUUACGCCGUACGAUGGAAAUGGUUAUCGUUUUUAUGAUGUACCGGGAAAAAAUGAUGAUCUCUCAUAUUUUACAAUGCAAUAUAUUGGUUUUUGGAAAGGUUUAACACAUCGUCUUGUGGUGGUUACAACUACAUUGAAAGAAAUGACAAAAGUAUUUAGUUUAUUAGGUGCAAUGGGCUUACAUUGUGAUAUUAUUGUUAAUAAAUUUGAUUUGAUAGAAGAUGUCAAUGAAGCUGAAAAAUUUAAACAACAAAUUCUUCAAGAAGUUCAAGAAUGUGAGGAAGUUCAAAAUAUUGAUAAUAUAUUUUUUGUUAGUGCAACAAAUCCAGAUCAGUUCCCAGAUUGGGCUAAAAUGGUUCAAUAUUUAACAGCACAAUAA